AUUUCAGAUGAUAACUUGACUGUUUCUUCAGUAUUUUAACUUGUCAUUCUCUCCUCAGCUGAGCAAAUUAUGUCUAGAUACGGUAACAGCAGGGGAGGUGACCGUGGUUAUAACUCUAAGUCUUCUAUCCAGAACGAACUGUCUGCCGUCAAAUGGAGCUCUUACAAGCUGACUCCGUUCCAGAAGAACUUUUACACCGAGCAGCCGGAAGUAGCAGACAGAGGCCAGGCUGAGAUUGAUGAGUACCGAGAAAAGCACCAGAUAGCUGUUAUUGGACGGGGGUGUCCGAAUCCUAUCCUCCAAUUCAAAGAAGCCGGACUAAAAAGUGCUGUCAUGUCUGUCAUCGAGCGUAACGGAUUCAAAGAACCCACUCCAAUUCAAGCUCAAGGCUGGCCUAUAGUUCUCUCUGGUCAAGAUAUGAUAGGAGUUGCUCAGACUGGCUCAGGAAAGACCCUCGCGUUUGGGAUCCCCGGGCUAAUUCACAUAGCCGCUCAGGGUUACCUGGCUCCAGGAGAUGGGCCUAUUGGGCUGGUCCUGUGUCCUACUCGUGAACUUGCUCAGCAGGUGAUGAAAGUGUGUGACGAGUUCGCUAGAGCAGUAAACUUGAGGAUAUGCUGUGUGUACGGAGGUGCCCCUAAAGGUCAACAGAUAAGAGAACUAGACAGAGGCUGUGAAAUAGUGGUAGCUACACCUGGCAGACUUAUUGAUCUUCUUAACAUGAACAAAACUAACCUCCGCAGAUGCACUUACUUGGUGCUGGAUGAGGCUGACAGAAUGUUAGACAUGGGUUUUGAACCUCAGAUCCGUACUAUCGUCAGUCAGAUCCGUCCAGACAGACAGACUGUCAUGUGGUCAGCUACUUGGCCUAAAGAAGUUCAGUCGCUCGCCAGAGACUUCAUGAAGGAGCCUAUCCAGAUAAACAUUGGUUCAAACACUCUGAGUGCAAACCACAACAUCUGCCAAAUAGUGGACGUGAUCUCCGAGUGGGAGAAGUAUGACAAACUUCAGCGACUCCUCACCGAGAUAAUGUCUUACGGACCUUGCAAGACAAUUAUAUUUACAGAUACUAAGAAGUGUGCUGACGAUAUCACAAGACAGAUGAGACGGUCAGGCUGGCCCACAGUGUCAAUACACGGCGACAAGAAGCAGGAGGAAAGAGAGUGGGUACUUAAUGAGUUCAGAACUGGUAACUCACCCAUAAUGAUAGCUACAGACGUGGCUGCUAGAGGUAUCGACAUCUCUGACAUUAAGUUUGUCAUCAACUAUGAUUAUCCCAGUUCUGUUGAGGAUUAUAUCCAUCGUAUCGGCAGAACAGCUCGAGCCAAUGGUACCGGUACAUCCUACACUUUCUUCACUCAGUCCAAUCAGAAGAAUGCUAAGAAUCUGAUCGAAGUGCUGACAGAGGCUAAACAGAACGUUCCGCCAGAGUUGGAGAAGAUGGCUCAAUCCUGGGGAGAUAAUGCUCGGGACAAAGGUAACAAGCGAUGGAACAGAGGAGGAGACAGCCGAGGGGGCAACAAGAGAGGCAGGGCGGAUUAUGGGUCUAGUAACGGCGGCUCCUUCAACCAGAAGCCAGCAGCAGCUGACGAUUAUUACUCCAGUUUCCAACAAGGAGGGUAUACCACACCGUACUACUAGAGCACCUCUCAACUCUAGGCUUCAAUUCCAAAUUAUUAUUUGUUAAUGAGAAGUACAGACAGAACUAAUAAUGUGUUUAAUGCGGACUAAGUUGUUAUUCAUUUUAUCUGUAAGAGGCUGUUUUAACGUUCAGUUUGGUGUAGUUUGCUUCAUGAAACACCCGAAAACAGUUAUACUCCAGUACUGGAGAGUUAGCAAUUUUCCUGAUUUUGAAAGAGAAAUUAUUUGUUUUCUCAAGUAUUUUGCAGAAUAAACAUAUUACUCUGGGUCAUAGGAUAGAUGACCACAAAAUGCUUGUUGAAAUUCAAUUGUUGAAUAUUAUUUACUUAAACACUACUGUUAAAUGUAUGUGUUAUUUUGACAUGACAUGUUAAAAUUGCUCAGCACUCAAUCUAUAUUAUAUAAAUUGUACCUUGUACAAAAUUUUUAUCAUUACUUGUUUGAA